AUGAUGCAAGGCAGUGCUUAUAGCAAUGAGGAAGUAAUUAUACCAAUGUUUAGUCUAAUUAUGUUUGGUUUUGUUGGUUUAAAUUAUGGUUAUCUGCUAAUACUACCUGGUCUUGUUACUGAGUGCUAUCCUCUCUCUCUUUCUGUCUCUCCUCCUUCCAUUUUUCGGGAAAAUCGUUUUUCUUUUUUUCCCGAGAAAAUUUUAAAACCACAUUGCCAAACCAAUGAACAUCAACAACAGGAAGAGCCUAAUAACCCAAUUGGACCUUUCCUCCAAAGCUUCGAGCUAAUCCUCCCAUGGCUGACCCCAAUAGAAUUAGCCAACAUUUCUCUAACCUCCAAAUCCCUAAACCAACUCUCCAAAUCCAACACUCUCCGCCGAUCCUCCGACGCUUCCAGAUCCUUCGAAAACCUCUCCAUCUCGUUCCACAACACCAUAGAUGACCACCCAUAUGCCCAUUUCAUUUAUACCCUUUCACAACCCCAGCGCCAAUCAUGGGGUUCAUUGGGUUUUAGCAGCUCAAGUAGACUCGGUGUGGAAUCGGUGAGUUUGGUGGACGAGUUGGGGCACAAUGUGUCUGGGUGUGAUUGCGAGAGGUGUGACGAUGAGGACCUAGAUGGGUGUCCUUGUUUUUCUGAGAUGGAUGAGUUGGAUAUGGGGAACGAGUGCAGACUGAGUUGUGGGUGUAGGUUGGAGUGUGAGAAUAGGUUGACUCAGCGAGGUGUUUUGGUGAGGUUGAAGAUUGUGAGGGAUAGAAGGAAAGGUUGGGGUUUAUACACUGUUUUUGGUUCAUUCUGUGAAGUAUGUGUAUCAAAUCUCUAUUUGGUUGCUCGGAAAAUGAACUUUCUAGUGUAAUUACUAAUUUUUUGCCUUCUUUAGAACCUUUUGAAAAGAACAGAAAAUGAAAUAAUGUGAAUUUAUUUUAUAUAA